UACAGUGAAGACAGUGGCACUGGUCUUCUCAGAAAAAGAAAGUCACAAAGAGGAAAAUCCGAAAACGAAGUCUUAUAUAAAGUGGCCAUAACGACAGCAGACAAGAAAAAUGCUGGAACAGAUGCUAAGGUGUAUUUCAGAAUGAAAGGGUCAAAGGGUAAAUUGCCAAAGACGAGAUUAAUGAAAAAAGCAGGUUCUGUGAAGUCAAACAAAGAUGUAGCAUUUAGGUUUGCCAAAGGGUCAACUCAUAUUUUCAAGAUCAGAGCAUUGGAUAUUGGAAAUGUCAAGUCAGUUAUACUUGAGCAAACAGGUUGUAAGAAACCUGAUGCGUGGUAUGUUCAAGAAGUGGAGGUUGUCAACUCAAAGACAAAGAAAACAUGGACAUUUAUUUGUAAUCAGUGGUUGUCACUCCACCAUGGUGAUGGGAAACAGUUGAGAGAGUUUUUCCCAAAACAGUCAUCCAAAACAGAAUAUGAAGUGGUUGUUGUCACCGGGGACAGGUUUAAUGCUGGAACUAAAGCCAAUGUGUUUAUGACAUUGUUUGGAAAGACGGCUGUAACACACAAGAUUCAUCUUCAGAACAAUGCCAAGUCUACCUUUGAUAAAGGCUCUUCCGAUGUCUUUCUUAUACAUUCAAACUGUGUUGGACCAAUGACCAAGUUGCGGAUUGAGCAUGAUGGCACGGGCAUAGCCUCUGGUUGGUAUGUUGAAAGGGUUGUUGUGACAGAUUUGAGAAACCCCAAGUGGAAAUAUUUCUUCCCAUGUGGUCAGUGGUUAGCAAGGGAUGAAGGUGACCAUGCCAUUAGUCGUGACCUCAUUGGUAGCAGAGAUCCACUCGCCAUUCGAAAAGGUGCUAAGUACAAGGUGACCGUGUACACGGGCGAUGUUUCUGGUGCUGGGACAGAUGCUAAAGUCUGCAUCACCAUGUUUGGAGAGAACGGUGAUUCCGGAGAACGCUUUCUGCAUUCUAACAAAAAGACCUUUCAGCGUGGAAAAAGUGAUGAAUUCAUUCUUGAAUGUCCCCGCCUUGGACGUCUUGAGAGGAUUCGAGUUGGCCAUGACAACUCUGGCUUUGGGCCGGGCUGGUUUCUUGAUAAGAUCAUCAUUGACGACAUUGAUAUGAAGACGGUGUAUGUGUUUCCGUGUGAACGCUGGCUUGCUGACGACGAGGAUGAUGGACAAAUAGCGAGAGAACUCGCUGUGAACGUUGGACCGAUGGAAGCUGCACCAGGCAUUCCAUACAUUAUAACCGUCAAGACGGGUGACAAACAGAAUGCAGGAACGGAUGCAAAUGUCUUCCUGGAGAUGAUAGGUUCGGGGAAGAGCCAUGAGACCAGUGGGAAGAUCUGGUUGAGGGAUGGAAGCUUUGUGCGUGACAAGGCCGACAAGUUUGAGAUCGACGUCGGCAGAAUGCUCAGCCCGUUGUCCCGUCUUGACAUCGGCCACGACAACAGUGGGGUGGCGUCAGGCUGGUUCCUCGACUCGGUGACAGUGUAUUGUCCCAGCGCGGGGAUAGAACAGUUCUUCCCUCACGGAAAAUGGCUGGCCACUGAUGAAGGUGACGAGGUUGUACAGGUCUCCCUGUACGAGCAGAAAGCCAUGAGGAAAAAGAAGGAAAAGAAAAACACUUGGUUUGUGUGGGUGUUCACGAGUGACAUCAAGGGAGCUGGGACCAAUGCCAAUGUUCAGAUAGCUGUGUAUGGUGACAAAGGUAAAUCUGAUGACAUCGCACUGGACAAUAAAGGUGAUCCGUUUGAACACGGCCACAUGGACAGAUUCAAGAUCAACAUGACGGAGAUCGGAAACCCAUACAAGCUCCGUGUAUGGCAUGACAACAGCGGCAUGCUUGCUGGCUGGCAUCUAGACAAGAUUGAGAUGGAGAACAUGUCAACUAAAGAGAGGUUUCGUUUCCCAUGUAAACGGUGGCUGGCUGAAGAUGAAGAUGACCAUGAGAUUGUGCGUGAAUUACCAGCUGAGGGCCCUGGCAUAAAGAAACCUCUACCAGUGGUACAUUAUACUGUGGAGGUUCACACCGGCAAAAAGACAUUUGGUGGAACUGAUGCCAAUGUUUUCAUUGACAUAUUUGGAGAACUUGGUGAUACUGGUAAAAGAUUCCUAAAGAAAUCUUCAACAAACAAAAAUAAAUUUGAGAAAGGAAAGGUUGACAUUUUCUCCGUCGAAGCUGUGACUCUGAUGAAACUGAACAAGAUUCGGAUUGGCCAUGAUGGGAAAGGAAUGGGCAGUGGUUGGUUCCUGGACAAGGUCAUUGUUAAACAGGAUGGAAACAACAAAUAUGAUACCACAUUUGAGUGCAACAGGUGGCUUGCUGAAGAUCAAGAUGAUGGGCUGAUUGAAAGGGAGCUGAUGGCCGAAGGUUUAGCCAUGCUCAACACAACUUCCUAUCACAUCCACGUGAAGACAGGAGACUUUAGGUUUGCAGGAACAGACGCAAAUGUUCACCUGAAAAUAUUCGGCACAAAGGGUGAUACAGGACUUCUGCGUUUGCAUCAGUCCGAGUCUGGGAAAAAUAAGUUUGAACGCAAUCGGACAGAUCUGUUCAAGAUAGAUGCCAGCGAUAUUGGAGAUAUAAAAAAGAUUCGAAUAGGUCAUGACGGACAUAAGCCUGGAUCGGGUUGGUUUUUGGACAGUGUUACCAUUGACAUACCGUCGCGUGGCCUGCAGUACUUCUUCGCUGCACACCGGUGGCUGGCCAAGGAUCAGGAUGAUAAGGAGAUAGAGAUAGAGCUGGAAGCAUCUGUUAAAGAAGAACGAGAGAAGGUGAUUCCUUAUGAAGUGACUGUGUGGACGGGAGACAAGACGUUUGCAGGGACAGAUGCCAGUGUCUUUAUUCAGAUGUAUGGAGAGCGCAACAAGAAAACGGAAGAAAUCUUUCUGAGAAACAAAACGGACAAUUUCGAACAGGGCAAGAUGGACAAAUUCAAGGUUGAAGCCUUAGAUAUUGGCCGCUUGAAGAAGCUUCGUGUUGGCCAUGAUGGGACUGGAAAGAUGUCAGGAUGGUUUCUUGACAAGAUUUUGAUCCAGCGACAACCAAUCCAAGGUGCGAGAAAGCGUCAGAAGCGGCCCUUGUCGGCAGCAGAACGCCGCCAGUCGAUACUGUCAACCUACAGGUCUGACAAGGACGAUGACGACUCCGAUUCUAGUCCACGAAUGGCGCGGCGUAGGAAGAAACAGGGAUCAGUUCAGGACAGGAUAGAUGAGAUGGAAGAAGAAUCGUACGACGGAACUGAAACGGAAGAUUAUUGGUUCUAUGUAGACAAAUGGUUUUCCAAAGGUGAAGAUGAUGGUGCAAUUGUCAGGGAAUUUGUUCCCACUGACAAACAUGGACGAACACUGGAAGGAGCCUUAGAUGGUGAUCAGAAUAAGGUUGAGUAUUUCAUCAAAGUGUGCACGGGAGAUGUGAACUGGGCUGGGACUGAUGCCAAUGUGUACUUGACACUACACGGAGAGAAAGGAGAUUCUGGAGAGAGACAGCUCGACAAAUCAGGCCACAUGAACAAGUUUGAGAAAAAUCAGGAAGAUUGUUUCACCAUUAAAGCAGUUGAUCUUGGCACAUUAACAAAGCUAAGAAUUCGUCAUGACAACAAACUUGGAGGUGCUGACUGGUUCCUGGACAGAGUGGAAGUUGAAGAUAAGAAACGCAAGAAAAAUUACUUCUUCCCAUGUCAGCGAUGGUUGUCAACCAGCAAGGAUGACUGUCAAAUUGCACGAGACCUUGUCCCUGCCGAUCCACUGCUAAAGAAGAAGCUAAGCAGGAAAGAUUCCACAGCAGUUUGGGAUGAAAUUGCAUUGGAAAUGAAAGCUGCACUGACAACUUACCAUGUCAAGGUUACUACAGGCAAGGCCUGGGGAGCAUCUACUGAUGCUAAUGUUUAUGUUGAUCUGUAUGGUGAAACCAACAAUACCGGUAAGAUUUCUUUGAAAUCAUCCAAGACUAACAAAAACAAGUUUGAAAAAGGAAAAACAGAUGAAUUUGAUAUUGAAGUUGCUCAGAUUGGAGAUUUGAAGAAAAUUAAGAUUGGUCAUGACAAUGCCGGUGGUGGAGCUGCUUGGCUGUUGGACAACGUUGUCAUUGAUGCUCCGUCUCUCGGCAAGACGUGGAAGUUCCCUUGUGGACGCUGGCUCGGUCUCAAAGAGGAUGAUGGCUUGUUGGAGAGGGAACUUUACCCACAGGAGCUGGCCACAGAAGACUAUAACCCAUGUAUUCCAUAUGAAAUAACAACGUACACGAGUGAUGUGCAGGGUGCUGGGACCGAUGCUGAUGUCUUUGUCAUCCUCUACGGCAAGGACAAAUGUACAGAGCCUAAGUCUUUGUGUCCAAAUAAAAAAGAAAGGAAGGAUCGAUUUGAGCGCAAAUGUGUUGACAAGUUUGUUGUUGAGAUGGAAGAUGUUGGUGACACAAUAGAGAAGCUGAGGAUCGGCCAUGAUGGAUCAGGUUUCGGUGCUGGGUGGCAUCUCAGUAAGGUGGAAGUUCGUAAACUGCACGAAUCUGGCAAGCCAGUACAAGGUUCCAUCACAUACGUGUUUGCCUGUGACAGAUGGUUGGCAAAGGGAGAGGAUGACGACGCUAUUGUCCGAGAGUUGUUACCUCAGAAAGCAACGAAAGAAAUCAUUAAGAAGGAUGGUGAGGUGAAGAAACUGAACGUGAAGAUCACAGACAAACUGGAAGUGAAGAAAUACACUGUGCAUGUGAUCACAGGGAGUGUUGAUGGGGCCGGCACAGAUGCUAAUGUUUUCAUCACAAUAUUUGGAAACAAGGGAGAUAGUGGAGAGAGACCGCUGUCUAAAUCGGAAUUACACAGAGACAAGUUUGAGAAAGGCAAUACUGAUAUUUUUAAAGUUGAAGCUGUUGACUUGGGAGAGAUAUACAAAAUAAAGAUUCGCCACGACAACGCCUUGUUUUCGCCAGCAUGGUACCUAGACCGUGUUGAGAUAGAGGAGCCUGAUAAAAAAGACAAAUAUAUAUUCCACUGUGAACGCUGGUUAGCAAAGAACAAGGAAGAUGGCAAGAUAGAACGGACGCUUUAUGUCAAGGGCUACGAUGGAGAGAUGUCUAGCACAGCAACACUUAGAUCAACAGCGUUUGGUUCUAUGUCCAGCAUGGACUCUCUUCAAUCCAGUGAUCCAUUUUCCAAGAGUCCAAGAAUGAAACGAUCGUCUAUGUCUUUGGAACGAGUACCCGAAGGCCCAACAAUCCCGUACACCAUCAAGCUGAGUACUGGCGACGGGGAAGACAAUGGCACGGACAGCAACGUCUGGAUUAAGAUCAUCGGGCCGAGGAAGGUUCACACUGGCAAGCUCUUCCUGCAGCUCGCACAGAAGGAGAAAUUCCUGCCUGGAUCUGUGGAAUGUUUCUCCAUUGAGGCGUAUGAUGUGGUGGAGGUUAAGAAAGUUGAGAUAGGUCAUGACGGCACUGCUCCUGGCUCAGGCUGGUUCCUAAAGGAAAUAGAAGUGGACCUUCCAACCAAGGGCAAGCACUAUCAUUUCAAAUGUGAGCAGUGGCUGGCACGGGACAAAUCGGACGGACAGACGAGCAGAAUAUUCAGUGUUGAUGAUGGACUCAGCUCCAUUACUUCAUUCACUCCAUUGAUUCCCUAUGAAGUAACAGUUUACACUGGCGACGUCUCAGAGGGUGGCACUGACAGCAAGAUCACCAUGACGGUGUUUGGAUCUAAAGGUUCUACCAUACCUACUGAGCUGCCAAAGACUGAAGAUAGAUUUCAAAGAGCAAAGAUUGACAAUAUACGGAUGGAGCUGGAUGAUGUGGGACAUGUAAAGAAGAUCCGAAUGGCUAUUGACGGCAAAGGAAAUCGAUCAUCAUGGUUUCUGGAGAAGGUGGAACUGAGAAAUAUGUCAACUGGUGUGUUAUCUACAUUCCACUACAAAGACUGGCUGGGUAUCAAGCAAAACCAAGGUGAUGGACGUUUGAGUGUUGAUCUCCCUGCCAUGGUUAGAGGCAAAGCUGCUAUCACAAAAACGGACUACAAAGUGACGGUGAAGACUUCGGAUGUGCGAGGGGCUGGUACAGAUGCCAAUGUGUACAUCGUUUUGUUUGGCAGUAAUGGUGACUCGGGCGACAUCCACCUGGAGAAGUCUGAGACCAAUAAGAGUCCGUUUGAGACAAGCCAGGUGGACGUCUUCAUUCUCAAGGGUCUCCUCAGUCUCGGCGAGCUCAGCAAGCUGAGGAUUUGGCAUGAUAACAAAGGCUUUGGAGCUGCAUGGCACUUGACAUCAGUGGAGGUUGAAGAUAUAGACAAGAAGAAGACGUACACGUUCAUCUGCGACAAGUGGCUGUCCAAGAGCGAUGGGGAUAAGCAGAUUGUGCGGGAGCUCACUUGUGUUGGCCCACUCAAAGGAGAACAUUUUGGUGGAAAAGAUAAAAUUGUUUACGAGAUAGAAGUGAGCACCACAGACAAGAAAGCUGGGGGUACGGUGCACAAUGCCUGGCUCAUACUGGAAGGGUCACUGAAAACGUCCAAGGUCUUUCAGAUGGAGAAUUCCCACCAAAAUAAAAUACUCAGAAGUGGUCAAGUAGAUGUUUUCAAGAUGGUAUCACCUCCUUUGGGAAGACUUGAGAAGUGCAUUGUGGGAGCAUUCAAGCGAGAUGACAUCUCUGAUAGGGAUCUUCAGGGUCAUGCCUCAGAGUGGCACUGUCAUAACAUAGUCGUCACAGACACAAUAGGAGGAGACAAAUACACAUUUGACUGCAAGUCUUGGAUUACUAUUGAAUCACGAAUUAACAAACAUGAUGCAAAAGUUCUCAAAGUGAAAGAUGUGGAAGCCAGCCAUGUUGCUUCUGUUAGAAACCUGGCCUCCAUCCAGUACGAUGUGAUUUUCGUCACUGGUGACCAGAAAGGAGCUGGAACGAGUGCCAAAGUCUCCAUCACAAUAUUUGGUCAAAAUGGAGACACAGGAAAGAGAUCUCUGAGUCAAAACUGGCGAAGUUUUGGCAAGAAUCAGAAGGAUACGUUUCAGCUGGAGGCUCUUGAUUUAGGUGAACUGACUAAGGUGAUCGUAGAACAUGAUAAUGAUGGAUUAAACCCUGCAUGGUACCUGGAUCACGUGGAAGUGGUCAAUGUAGCGACCAACAGGUCAACCAAAUUCCCGUGUAACAGGUGGCUCGACAAGGACAAAGGUCUUAAAUGUGAUCUGUACCCAGAGAACACAUAACAAACGACAGGAGUAUACAGACAGAUCCUUCAAAAAACAAACCCUACCACUUGGUGUUUAUUAGUUCCCUACUGGUCCAACCAGAGGGGAUUAUAGUUUUCAUCUUUGUCCUUCUGUCUGUCUAGCGGUCUCACAUAUGUUUUCCAGAUGGGGGUUUUUUUCAGAAGGCUUUGAGUUAUUAAGAGGAAAUUGUGUGUAUAGCUUCAUCAUGUACUGUUACAGAUCAAGUUGGACUUUAAUGACAAUUUACCCAUUUUUGAUGGAGUUAUGGCCCUUGAACUUAGGAGAUACAAAAAUUAGUUUUCCAGAU